AUUAGUGUUUUUAAUAUUUGAUGAGUUUGUGGUUUUAUGUGAUAGGAAAUGUAUUAUAAAUUAAAAAUAUAUUUUAUAUUCAUUCUUUUGAUAAUUAACAUUUUUCGUAGUUUAUCAUUCAUCAAAAGACAAGUGAUUUUUAAAGUUCAUUUUAAUUUUUUUACAUAAAAUUUUAAACACCCUUUGAAUUUUUCAUCUCAUUUUUUCUCUCGUGUUUGUUUGAAGCUUUUUUUCUUUGACCAAAGUUUUAUGAAUGAAUAUUAUAUCAAACGAUUAAUACAAAAGUGGUGGGGAUAAAUAACUUGUUGAGUAUAAUUUGUAACAAUUGAAUUUAAUAAAAAAAAUUAGUUUUAAACAAGUUGAUAAGUUUAGUUGUGUUAUUUUAAAAAGUUUAACAAUGAAUGAAAAAAAAGAUAAUGAUGUUACAUUGCCAUUGACAACACAACUAAAUAAUCCACAAAUUUUAAAUAGUAAAGUUCAUAAAAAUAUAAAUGAAUAUGAAUUUAAAAAAUAUAAAAAAAGAUGGGUAAUGUUGAGUUUGUUUUGUUUCUACUGUGCAUUGAGUACUUAUCAAUGGGUCGAGUAUUCAAUUAUUGCAAACAUUGUAACAAGAUAUUAUAGCGUGUCAGCACUUGCUAUUGAUUGUACAUCAAUGACAUAUAUGUUUUACUAUAUAUUUUUAAUAAUACCAGGAUCAUAUUUUUCUGAACGCAUUGGAUUGAGAUGGACAAAUAUAUUAGGCAGUUUUUUAGUUUGUUUUGGUUCAUGGAUUAAAAUAUUUUCUCUCAAUCCUGAUGGAUUUGUCAUCACAUUUAUUGGACAGUCAUUUCUGGCAGUCAGUCAAAUUGUAAUAUUGACAGUACCAGGACGACUUGCUGCACAUUGGUUUCCAUCAACUCAACUGUCAACAGCAACGUCAUUUGGUAUAUUUGGAAAUCAACUUGGUGUUGCAUUUGGUUUUUAUUUUACACCAAUUAUUGUUAAAAAUCAUGAAUCAAUUGAUGAGAUUGGUCAUGAUUUAUCAACGCUAUUUUGGUCAAUGGCAAUAUUAACGACACUUGGUUUUAUUGCUGUAUUAAUAUUUUUUCAGAGUGAACCAAGGUUACCACCAAGUCAAACACGUGCAUUACAAAAAGCUAAACACAUUGAAAAUAAUGAUUCAAUUAUUAAACCAUUAAAACGUUUAUUUAAAAAUAAAAGUUUUAUGAUACUAUGUAAUUCAUACGGUCUUGGUAUUGGUGUUUUAAAUGCUGUUGGUACAUUACUUAAUCAAAUUGUCUUAUCACAUUUCAAAAAUGCGGAAGAGGAUGCUGGAAGAAUGGGACUUGGAUUAAUAUUAGCAGGAAUGAUUGGUUCUGUUACAUUUGGUUUUAUUCUUGAUAAAACACAAAAAUUCAAAGAAACCACUGUAACUGUUUACUCACUGACAUUACUGGGUCAAAUAUUCUUUGCAGUUGCUUUGUGGGUAGAGAGCAAGUGGAUGGUAUACCUUGCAGCAAUUUUUCUUGGAUUUUUUUUAUCUGGAUAUCUUGCCUUGGGUUAUGAAAUGUGUGCAGAGUAUACUUAUCCAGAAGCUGAAUCAAUAUCAACUGGUAUACUAAAUAUUGCUAAUAAUAUUUAUGGUAUAAUUCUUGUUAUUAUAUCAGGUGAAUUAAUGGAAAUUUAUGGUGAUAUUGCUGUUCAUAUUUGUUUAUGUACUUCAUUAUUUUUUGGUUUAAUUAUGACAAUAUUAACAAAAGAUGAACAACGACGUCAAGAUGCUAAAAAUUCUGUACAAAAUAAUUGAGAAAUUAAUUAAUUAAUUAAUUAAUAUUAUAAAAAUGAAAUUUGUCAAAUGGAAAUAAAGAUUAAUGAAAGAAAGUCAUUAAUAAAAUUA